AUGAUUAAUUAUAAAAGAAUAUGCGUUAAUCAUGGUAUUAAAGCGAUAUGUAUUUUAGAUAAUUUUUUAGUUUGUGCUUCUGUUGGAAAUACCAUUAAAAUAAUAAAUCUAAUUAACACAGAAAUAUUAUUAGAUUGUAUUGUAUCAACAAGUAGUAAUAUUUAUGGGUUAAUUUAUAAAAAAGGUUUUAAUAACAGUGGGAUACUUAUUGCUCAUGGUGUUCAUAAAAUUUAUUUUUAUGAAUUAAAUAUAUGUUCUAAUAAAUGUAUACUAAAAUUACUGUCAAAAUAUUGUUCAAAUAAAUGGAUAUUAAAAGCUAAGUUUUUACAAUGUAAUGAAGAUGAUUCAAAAUUAUAUUGUAAAAAAAACGAAUCAAAUAAAUUGAUUAAUGAAGAAAACGUUGUUGUUAUUUGUUUAAGCAAUGGUAGUAUUAUAUUACUAGAUAUUUAUAAAGGUGUUAGUUUCUACAAAUAUAAAUUUAAAGGAAUCCAUUUGUUGUAUAGUUCAGAUGUUUAUAUAAAUGAAAAAAAAAAUUUUUAUAAAGUUUUGGUUGCCGGUGGAACUCCAUUUAAUAAAAUAUUGUUAUGGGAUUUCAAAAUAAAUAAAAAGGUAAAAUACUGGAAAAAAAAAAAAAAAAAAAAAAUUGUGUUAUUAGAAAAUAUUCAAGAGUUAAAUGGUCAUAGAGGCAUUAUAUUUAAAGUAAAAUUUUUUAAAAAAUCCAAAUAUAUAUGUUCUGUUUCUGACGAUAGAGAAGGAAGAAUUUGGUAUAGGAAAAGAAAAGAAAAAGAAGAAAAAAGCAUGUUUAAAUCAAACAACAAUAAUAUAAAAAAUAAAUUUUUUAAUUAUAGAUGUAUAAAAGUAUUAAGUGGGCAUAAUGCUAGAAUAUGGGAUAUUGAUAUAUGCAUAUUCAAUGAAAAAUUUUAUUUUAUCACAUGUAGUGAAGAUUCUACCUGUAAUGUUUAUGAAAAAAAUUAUAAAAAAUAUUUUAAAAUUUGUAAUUACAACGGAAAUACGGUUAGAUGUAUUUGUUUUGAUUCAAAUUUGGGUAUAAUAAUUUCUGGUUCUGAUAACGGCACUAUAUACAUUAGACCAAUACCAUCGAACAUUUUUGAAAAUAUGCACAAAAAAAAAGAAGCAAAUUUUGUGAGUUUAUCAAAAAGCAUAAAUAAUUCUAUUUUAAAUAAAAAGGAAAAAAAAAAAAUAGGUAUAAUAAGUGAAGACAGUAUCGAAAAUAAUAAAAUAUUUAAUUGUGAUUAUUAUUAUGUUGAUAAAAAUAGUGUUAGUUCCACAUGUGAAGGUAAUGUUGUGAAGGAUAUUUUUAAAAGUAAUACGGACAGUUUUGAAAAUAAUAUGAAUAAUAAAUUAGAAAAUGAUAAUGAAAAUUUUGAAAAUAAUAUAUGUGAUGAAGUAUGCGCAAAAAAUAUAGUAAAAACUAAUGAUUCAGUAAGUUUCAUGUUUGAUUACUUAAACGAAAAAAUGAAAAAAAAUAAUGAUUGGAUUAGAUCAAUAAAUCACAUUAAUUUAUAUGAUAUUAUUAUUUGUACAAAUUUAGGAUGUAUAUAUAUUUUAAAAACAGAAAAAUCUAUCAUAAAAUUGUCACUAAUUUAUGAAGAAAAAAAAGAAAAUCAUUUAUUAACUAGCAUAACAUAUUAUGGUUUAAAUUAUAUUUGCUUAGGUUUUAGUAACGGUUUUUGUUGUUUUAUAUUUUUAAAAAAUGAAAAUAUUUUAAAUGGAUCAGUUAAAUGUGAUGAAAAAAAUAAAACUACAAAAUAUUUUAAAUGUUUUUCUCAUCGUAUAAGUGAAAUGUGUUUAAUACCUUUAUCCACUAAAAGUUAUGAUAAUUUAAUUUUUUCAACGGAAUGCGAAAGUAUAGAAGAUAUUUUAUAUGCUUUCAUUAAAAAGGAAGAGAUAAAAAAAGUUAAUUCCAGUGAGAAUAUUUACACUGAUAAUGAUAUUUAUAACCACUCUAAUUUUUAUCAAGUAGUAUAUAAUCACGAUAAAAAAAAUAUGGAUAAUGAUUCUCAAAAUUAUUUAUCAAAUAAAAAUGAAUUUUCAAUAUCCAAUUUUUUAUUGUGUAAUCUUGAUCAUACAGGAAAUGUCAAAUUGUUUAGUAUAAAAAAUAUAAAUAGCAAAAUAGAAAUAAACAAUAUUCUAGAAACGGAAAUAGAUGUGAAAAAUAAGAAAUCGAAAAUUAUAUCAAUGAAUUACGUAAUGAGACAAAAAAAGAAAAAAAUGGGAAUUUUAAUUUUUAUUGGUGAUGAGUAUGGGUGCAUUUUUAUUGUUUAUAUUAAAAUACCCAUUCAACUAAAAUCAGAUAAUAUUUUAUAUGAUUUUCAAAAUAUUCACAUAAAAUCAAAAGACAAAAUACGCGUUCAUAAUAAUAGAAAAGUUUUUGAUAUAAAAAUUAUUGAUCAUUUUAUAUACUCAUGUGGAAAAAGUGGAAAUAUUAUUAAAUAUCAAUUAUUUAAAGAUAAAAAUAAUAUAUAUACAUUAUAUAAGUUAUGUUUAAUUAAAAUAUCAUAUUAUUCUUCAAUUUAUAAAUUACUACCUAUGUUUAUUAAAAGUAAUAGUUAUGAAAAAGAAAUAAGAUAUAUUAUAAAAGGAAAUGAUAAUAAUAAAGAAACUAAAUAUAAUAUAAAUAAUUUUAGUAAUAUUAUAAAACAAAAUAAUGAUUAUUCAAAUGAUAAUGAAAAAUUGCAUGAUAUUCUUAUUUGCUGUUUUAAGGAAAAAAAGUUUGUUUUGUAUAAUUUAAAAGAUAAAAUAGAAUACUUCUCCAUUGAUUGUGGUGGUUUUAGAAGACCGUUAAGUAUUUUUAUGAAAUCAAGUGAGAAUUUUACGAAGACAUUUUCUUUUUGCUUUUGUAAAGAAAAAAUCAUCUAUUUUUAUUUUAAAAAGUUAUACAACAAUCAUCAGUGUAUACCUUAUCAGAAAAUUUAUAUUAACGCAGGGUUUCAUAACAAAAAUGUUUCCUUCUUAAUAUGGUUAAAUAAAAAUUAUUUCUGCACAUGUUCAGAAGAUGGUACAUUAAAAAUUGUUCAUUUGGAAAAAAUCUUCGAAAAUAAAAAAAAUAAAAAAUGUGAAAAUAAUGAUAUCGAAGGUGAAUCUAAAUAUAUUAGCAAUGAUAAUAAUAUAAUAAGAAAUGGUUUUAAUAAGAAUAAUAAUUAUAAUAUUGAUUAUAAUAAUUCUAAAAUAAAUAAUAUAUGCUCAAGAAAACAAUUAAAAAAAGAUAUAAAAAAUAGUAGGAACGAACUCUAUUAUAUAUUUAAAAAAAAACCCAAUUAUAAGAAAUAUAAAAAGGAAAAAAAAAUGAAUUAUCUAAAUUACAAAAUGCAUAUUGUUCAAAACAUUUAUAAUCACAGUGAACCUAUUUUUUAUAUAUGUUUUUUAAAAAAUCCAUUUUAUUAUUCUAAUAAAUUAAAGAUUUUAUGUAGUGUAGGAGCAAAAAAUUCGGCAAAUAUUUUUUACAUCUUCAAUGACAUUUACAAAACACCAAUAUUGUAUCAUAUAGAAAAAUUAAAAGUCCAGAAAUUUUCAAGUAAUUUAAGAUAUUUAUGUGUUGAAGGUUUAUAUAAGAUUUUAUUUAGUGAACCAAAUAAAUAUUUGAUACAAAUAAAUAUAUUUAUUGGUACGUCUAUUGGUUAUAUAUUUCAUUAUUCGGGGAUAUAUGAGUUUGUUAUUUAUGAAAACAUUGUUUUAUCGAAAAUCGUAGAACCUGCUAAUGUAAUUUGUUCUUACAACCUAAAUAGCACUGUUUUAUCUUUGAAUUUAAAAAAUAUUGUAUUGAAUAAUUUUGAAAAUGAAGAGAAUUCUAAUGAAAAAAUGAAAGAAAUGUUUUCUAAAAAAUUACAAAAUAAUUACUUAGAAAAACCAAGGAUAAACGUUUCUAAAACAAUACAAAAGGAUUAUGAAAAAAGUAGUUUGUUUCAUGAAAAUGAAUUCAUAGAAUAUAAUAGAGAUGAUAAUUAUACAUUACAAAAUGAUAAAAAUGAUGAUAUAAAUCACCUUCUUACAUAUAAUGAUAAUAAUGACCAAUGCAAAUUUAGAAAUAAUCAAAAUGAAAUAAAGGAUGAAAUUUUUGUAAAAAGAAAAAUAGAGAAAAAAUUGAUCCAAAAUAUAUUAUGUUGCGGUUUAAACAAUGGUAUGAUAAAGAUUUAUCAUUAUAAUUUAAAAUUAAUAUUAAUGAAAGAAAUUCAAGUACAUCAAAAUGGUAUAAAUAGAAUAUGUGUUAAAAAAGGAAGGAACUUAAUAAAAAUAUUUUCAUGUGGAGAUGAUCAAUCGAUAAAUAUAUUAAUUUUAGAAAUUACUAUUAUUGAAAAUAAUAUUGCUUUUGUUAUUAUUCAGAACACAAACUUUCCUAAUUCUCAUUUAUCAUCCAUUAGAUCAUUAAAUAUUUUUUCUGAUUUUCUCUUAAGUGUUUCAUGGGAUCAAUAUAUCUACAUAUGGAAAUUAAAAAAAGAUAAAAAUAAAAAUAUUAUUAUAAAGAAAAAAAAACAAAUAAAAAUUUCAGUUUAUGAUGUUUCAUGUUUAAAUACUUUCGUUAUUAAAAAAAAAAAAAAGAAAGGAAUAGAAAAUACAUGUAUAAAAGAAUAUCCACAAAUAGAAGAAGGAAGUAAUAAUAAAAAUGAUUCUUUAAAAAUAAAAAGGAGAAAAUAUACUUAUUUAAAAGCUUAUUUAUGUGUUUCAGGAUCAAAUGGGAGUAUAGAAUGCUUUAUAUUAAAAAUUAAUAAAUAA